AUGACAGAACAACCAGCUGCCAAGGAAAAAGAGGACCUCGUGAUAGAAAAACCAACUGACAAAGAAAAAGAGGAACCUAUCAAAGUUAACAAUUCUAAUCUUGUAGAAUUAAAAAACGCAUGUGAUGAUUAUAUUCAGAAGGUUGAUAUUGAAAUGAAAGAGCGUCUUACGAUUCACACAAAUACCAAAAAGUACUCUGAUAUUUAUAAUAUCACUUUUGAAUUUCAUGGAAGUAAUUCAUCAAGUAAAACAAAGCACAAAAUAGCGAAAUCCUUUGGUAAUUGGUUUGAUGUAAAUGGAUUAUUGAGUACAGAAAUAUUUGAGAGAGAAUUGGCCGAUGGACUGGAAUCUGUAAGGAAUGGAAAAUUACAUAUUCAGUAA